GUUAACAAUUAUGAUCAGUUAACUUUUACCAAUCAGUUAAUUUGGAUUAGAAAAUUAAAAAGGAAACUUUUCUUGUCCGUAAUUGUUUAAUUGCUGUUUACUUUUCCUUUUCGCCAAUUACAGUUAAUUAGUAAAUUACGAUUACAAACAUUGGAAUAACAAUGAUAAAGACAAUCUAUUUAUGUGCUUUACUUUUGGGUGUUUUCUCAUCACCAUGUAGAUCUGAACAUCUCCCUGAAGAUGAUGAACAAGAUCCAAAUGCUUUCGUUGAUUCAAUUCUGUCAACUGCCGUUGAAAAGAUUCACCAACAAGGAGUAAUUCCGAUUCCCGGUGAACAUAAAUUUGGACCUUUCGGACUAUUGACCAUUAAGGAUAUUCACUUGCUGGACAUUGAAAAUAUCUCAAGACGAGGAGAUUCAUUCAUCAGGGGAGAUGAGGAUUCAGGAAUCAUUUAUGUUAAUACAUCGUUCACCUUGACCAAUGUCCAUGCCAAUUCAAGUUUCGUUGUUAAUUUACCGAUGCAAGGGAAAAUCAGAGUGACUGCAACCACCACAAUUAAACAAAUUGAUUUAACCCUUCGGUGUGAAUAUGAUCCUGUUAAGGGUACACUUAAACCCACCGCGAUUCAUAUUGACUCUUAUACUGGAGUUGAGACCGUUGUUCAAGGUUUAGGUCCGUUUAACCCGAUCGUUGAAAAAAUGGCCACAAUAACUGCCGAUGUGCUUGAAAAAAUUAUCGCCAAAAUUUUGAACUUAACGAUCGCCGCUAAAUUGAAUGGACUAGUUAUCGAUUUACCUCAACUUUGACUUGACCACUAUUUCCGAACUGACCAAUUGAUACUCAUAUCUAAUAGACAAAGAUUCAAAUAAUAAUAAUCAGCAUUCAAAUUUUACAUGAUAAUCAAUUGUUACAAUUUACUAAUUAUUUAGUAAUUUUGAUAAAAAUAAUAAUAAAACAUGACGAAAUUGUCAAUGAAACCAAA